UUACUGUACAACAUUUGAAUAUACGUACACACCACGCUCACGCGAUUAUGAGUAGAAGACACGCAGGGAGACAAGAUCGCUCUGACACAAUGUCCUUCGUCAACUAUGGCAACGGACACUCUACCCGGGGUGGAUCAAUACCACAACCCACUAAGCGGUGUGCAGUGUGGCACGACACAGUAGUCACUACAACCUGUCCUUGCCGGACGUGUGGAUAGCGGCGGAUUUGUCAGAAUCUCGGAUAGGCUGAUGCAGACUGCCUUCACGCGGAACAGUCGUCCUCCGUUGACAACACCAGCUUUGGAUGUAGGUAUAUAGCCAUGUUCAAAAUGACCGCUGGAAGACAUCGGUCGAAGCUGAAGUCGUGUAUCUACUGCUUUGCUAUCAUCCUCAUCGCCAACGUCGUCUUGCUGUCGUCGCUGUCACAUCUACUCAUGCCGACAUCGGAGAUGUGGUUACCAAAAAUUCGUAAGAACGCUACACGGAAACACGGGACCUUUGUGCAGACAUUCCCCAAUAAAAGAACCAACUUGAACAGAACAUUACAAAUCUUGCUCUGGACGCCAUGGUUUGGUGAUGCAUCCUGGGUAACAAAUUUCGAGUCGGCAUUUUCGCCCUGCCCUGUGUCUGACUGUGUGUUGACCAGCGAUAAGUUGGCCAUAGCUGACAGUCACGCUGUCGUGUUUCAUGCGAUGGAUUUACUGAAUUAUUUCUUAGGAUAUCCCAUGCCUGAAUAUCGCAGAAACGACCAAGUGUGGGUUUUACAUAAUCUCGAACCACCCCCUAACAUCGCGAAGGACUUCCGGUCGUACGGAGGAGUGUUCAACUGGACGUCAUCGUACAGGACAGACAGUGACAUACGGCUGCCUUAUUUCAGCAUAGAGAAGCUGCCCCAGAAAACAAGCAAUGUCAAGGACAUUGCAGCCACGAAGACAGCGGGGGUCUUCUGGGUUGCCAGUAACUGCGGCGACCAAGCGAGACGACAGAUGGUGGUGAGAGAAUUACAAAAACACAUCCAAGUAGAUACGUAUGGGAAAUGUGGUGAUUAUGAAUUGACAAACAUGGAUGACAUUAAGCAUUAUAAAUUUUAUAUGGCUUUAGAAAACUCGUAUUGCCGCGACUACAUCACUGAAAAGUUUGCAACUCCGCUGAACCACCAGCAGAUCCCAAUUGUGGCUGGCGGCGGGGAUUACCGUAAGGUGGCGCCACCACACUCCUACAUUGACAUCAGUGAUUUCAACACCAUUCAGGAGCUGGCAGAAUACCUCAAGUAUCUGGACAAAAACGACACUGCGUAUAACAGUUACUUUGACUGGACCCGAGAAUAUCGCCUGGGCGGCGGUAAUCACGUUGGGAAUUAUUUUUGUAAGUUGUGUGAAGCUCUCCAUGACGGGACCCGCCCUCAUCAGACCUACACCGACAUACAAGGAUUCAUACAGGAUGACACGUGCCAAACAUGGACGGGUAUGCCUCCAGAAUGGUGCAGGGAUAUGCCAUUAGACUCGGUCUGGUAUGAAGGCAGGGUCAUCAGCCGGGGAACCUCGACACAUCUUUAUCUGACACUCGGAUUUGGUCGGGAGAGUUCGUCAUGAGAUUCACCACUUCCGGUAAACAUGAAGUGAGGUGCCCAAAGUGGAACGACUCGAAAGUUAUAAAAAUAUGGGGGAUUGUCGCUGUUUCGAAACAGUGAGGAAGUGCAACUGGAGCGUGUAACUCAAUACUGAAGUAUCAACGCGUCGGAGUCUACCAGUGGACGUUAUUCGUCCAUUUCCGCACAUUCAUGAAAACUCGUGUCCACUUCGGAACAAGAGAACUCGUCACCCAGCGUGUGACUUCCCGAAAAGAUUACGGAAACAUACAAGUGCUGACGAUUGAUCAAUCUACCAAUUGCGUAUAAGAGACUUUUGUAUAGGGGCUUUACUGUGACUUAGGAACUUAACAUGUGAUAUUCUGGGAUUAUGUUUGAGGACUAGAUAUGUUUUCAGCUACUGGUGCAAAACAAGAUGUUUUAUUGAUUAAAACUAGGAACCUAGAUAUAUUUUUAGUUUAAAAAAAAAAAAACAUUGCAAAAAUACAAUUUGUUUUCCAAAAGUAUCAAACGUACAUUUUUUAUAUUAUUAUUUUACUUUAAAACCCC